AUGAGAAUAACCCAAAUUUUUAUACUGUUAAUCCUCACUACAAUUUUAAGCACCACUGAAACUUUACAGAUUGACCAAAACUUGUCGAAUUAUGUCUGCAAAAUCAUCAAAGACCUCUUAAAAUCCAACAGCUCUACUCAGGAUGUCCUGAUUGGAAAUAUAGGCGGAAAAAUGUGGUCAUCAACUAUCAAUUACAUUGCUGGAUGUGUUGGACAUAAAGAUGCUGUAGUUGUUAGUGAUUUUAAGAAGCCAUUGACUGAGAAGACAUUAAGGAAGGCAUCAAUUAUUGUUUUAGCAUUAGGAUGGGCUGAUCAGGUACGUUUUAAGAAUAUUUAUGUAGCACAGCAACUAAAGUUCAGUUUAAACAUCCAGAAUACAGUAAUAGCAACAGUCAGAACGCACAUACAUUCAAAAGUCUGGAAUCAUAAAGCAAAAGUCAUGCUCAUAGUCAAAAACAAUCUCAACUUUAAUCAGCGGAUGCAAAUCUUAAAGAUGCUAGUGAUGUACGGAUUCCUUGAUUCUGCAAUCAUUCAUGAGACCAAAAAUGGUGCAGUCAAGUUUGAGAUCUUUGCUACUAUGAAAAGAAACAUCCGAACACUGACAAAUCCCGAACAAUCAGAUCUUGUGUUUCCCGACAAGUUGAGGGACAUGAAUGGUCACAUGUAUACCAUUUUGGCAUAUAAUCAGGUACCUCGUGUAAUAAUUAACAAUAAUAAAGUCUCUUCGACAAUUGUUCCAUUUAUGCAUGCUGUUACUAAGCUCCAAAAUUCACGACAUCAACUCUACAUCAUUAAGGAUUUAAGAGAGUUUAGAAAGCUUUGGAUGGAUCGAAGUUUUGACUUUUCUUUAAGCUAUGGAGUGUUUAUGGACUCUUCGGAGCCAAAACUGCAGACUUAUGAGGAAAAUGGAUACUGUGCUUUAGUUCCUUUACCUCCAAAAACUACCUUUUUCCAAUCUAUCAUCAUUGAACCCUUCGAUGGUCUUACUUGGUUGUUCUUUUUCCUUACUAUUGCUUGUUCUGUUGCUGUUUGGUGGAUGUUCCGUGGUCGUGGUGCUGUUGAUUCUCCUUGGCUUCUUGGUUAUGGCAUGUUUGUCAUGUUCAUCGGACAAGGCGUCGAUUUCAGUCGUAAGAAUCGCUUAGUACUGGAUAUUUUGCUGGAGUUGAUUAUUGUGAUGGUUUGGAUACUCUGCAAUGCGUACGAAGGUGUCAUCUCAUCCUUCAUGAUCCAACCAAUCCAUGAACAACGACUACAGACAUUUGAUGACUUAGUAGCUUCAGAUCAUGUGUUCAUGUCUGACAAUACAUUCGCAAGCUUAAUAUCAGGAUCUGAUUCUUUUAAGUUACUAAACUCACGAUUAGACACAUCGGUUCUCGAAAAGAGCAUGCAUUUAAGCCUAGAACUGGUUCGACAGCACUGGGUGUUUUUCAUAACUUGCGAUCAAGCUGAGAUAAUCCUCGACAAGAAACUGAUGCAAAUAAAUCAAACAGUUUCAGAAUUAUAUUACUUAUUGCCAGAAAAGUUUUUGCCGUUUCUCAUAGACCUUGAAGCUAGCUACUUGAAUCCGUUCUUGGAACGCUUUCAGUAUUAUAUGGAUAUAUCAUUUCAAGCUGGCUUGCCAUAUAUAUGGAAGGUUUUUUAUUCCAAAAUAAACCCAUACAAGAAAAUUUACAGCUUUACUGAUGAGUUUGAAUACCUUAAGCUUGAGGACUUUACUCAAGUCUUUACUAUUCUUAUUAGUGGCUACGUUCUGUCUUUUGGCCUGAUUCUAAUCGAGAUCUUCUUUCAUGACAUCCUUAAGAAAUUAGAGCUUGCUUGUCUUGCACGGAAGUUGAGGAAUCGAGUACAUCAGAUGGCAUAUAAGAAGAGGAAGCAGCCAAAGCAUCCAAAAUAUCAAAGAGGUGCACUUUAUUACAUCAUUCAUCGACGCAAGAGAGUCAAGCGAUUGAAGCCUAAGAAGUUAAAAAUUCGAAGGAUUUAUGUCCAGCCUAGGUUUUCUAUGGAUUAA